AUGUCGGAAGAAGAAAGAUCACUUAAAAGACAAAAAGUCGAUGAAUCAGUUGCAGAACAAGUAGCUGAAGCAGCUGAAGAAGAACUUAGAUUACAUCCACAUCCAUCUGAUGAAAAACCUUUGGUACAUCAUGAUGCUGGAGAAUUUAAAAAUAUGAAACGUCAUGAAACUACUGCUAAACAAGCAGAAAUUUUAGAAGAUGGACCAAAUAAUCCAUUUACAGGAAAUCAAUUCAGUCAGAAAUAUUUUGAUAUUUUAAAAGUUAGACGUGAUUUACCAGUUCAUGCUCAACGUGAUGAGUUUUUAAGAAUUUUCCAUUCAACUCAAAUUAUGGUCUUUGUUGGGGAAACUGGGUCUGGUAAAACUACUCAAAUUCCACAAUUCGUUUUAUAUGAUGAAAUGCCACAUUUGACAGGUAAACAAGUUGCAUGUACCCAACCUAGAAGAGUUGCAGCCAUGUCUGUUGCUAGCAGAGUUGCUGAUGAAAUGGAUGUUGAAUUGGGUGAAGAAGUGGGUUAUAGUAUUAGAUUUGAAAAUAAUACUGGUCCAAAAACUAUUUUAAAAUAUAUGACUGAUGGUAUGUUGUUAAGAGAAGCAAUGGAAGAUCAUGAUUUAACUAGAUAUUCUUGUAUUAUAUUGGAUGAAGCGCAUGAAAGAACUUUAGCUACUGAUAUUUUAAUGGGGUUGAUUAAACAAGUUAGUGUAAGAAGACCAGAUUUGAAAAUCAUUAUUAUGUCUGCUACUUUAGAUGCAGAAAAAUUCCAAAGUUAUUUCAAUGAUGCUCCAUUAUUGGCUGUUCCUGGUAGAACCCAUCCAGUUGAAAUUUAUUACACACCUGAAUUCCAACGUGAUUAUUUGGAUGCUGCCAUUAGAACUGUUUUACAAAUCCAUGCCACUGAAGGUGAAGGUGAUAUUUUAUUAUUCCUUACUGGUGAAGAAGAAAUUGAAGAUGCAUGUAGGAAAAUCUCCCUUGAAGGUGAUGAAUUAGUAAGAGAACAAAAUUGUGGUCCAUUAAAAGUGUAUCCAUUAUAUGGUUCUUUGCCACCACAUCAACAACAAAAAAUUUUCGAACCAGCACCAACAAAUCCAAAUCCUAAAGGAAGACCAGGUAGAAAAGUUGUUGUUUCUACCAACAUUGCUGAAACUUCUUUAACCAUUGAUGGUAUUGUAUAUGUUGUUGAUCCAGGUUUUUCCAAACAAAAAGUUUACAAUCCAAGAGUUAGAGUUGAAUCACUUUUAGUCUCACCAAUUUCUAAAGCUUCUGCUCAACAAAGAGCUGGUAGAGCUGGUCGUACCAGACCAGGUAAAUGUUUCAGAUUAUAUACAGAAGAAGCAUUCAAAAAAGAAUUGAUUGAACAAUCAUAUCCAGAAAUCUUGCGUUCAAAUCUUGCAUCUACAGUUUUAGAAUUGAAGAAAUUGGGAGUUGAUGAUUUAGUUCAUUUUGAUUUUAUGGAUCCACCAGCACCAGAAACUAUGAUGAGAGCAUUAGAAGAAUUGAAUUAUUUACAAUGUUUAUCUGAUGAAGGUGAUUUAACUGCAUUAGGUAGAAUGGCUUCACAAUUCCCUCUUGAUCCAAUGCUUGCAGUUAUGUUGAUUGGAUCUCCAGCUUUUAAAUGUUCCGAAGAAAUCUUGACAAUUGUUGCUAUGUUGAGUGUACCAAAUGUAUUUGUUCGUCCUGCCCUGGCUAGAAAAAGAGCUGAUGAAGCCAAACUUGCAUUUGCUCAACCUGAUGGUGAUCAUUUGACUUUGAUCAAUGUUUAUGAAGCUUUUAUUUCUCCAGAAGCUGCUGAAAUUGGUGUACAUAAAUGGUGUCGUGAUAAUUUCCUUUCAUACCGUUCAUUAACUUCCGCCAAGAAUGUUCGUCGUCAAUUGGAAAGAAUAAUGCAAAAACAUGAUUUGGAAUUGAUUUCUGAAUAUAAUCAAAUUUCUGAAAAUCAAUAUUGGGAAAAUAUUAAAAAAGCUCUUGUUGCUGGAUUUUUCAUGCAAGUUGCUAAAAAGAAGCUGGGAAGUAAGAGUUAUUUAACUGUUAAAGAUAAUCAAGAUGUUUUAAUCCAUCCAUCUACAGUUCUUGCUAAAGAAGGUGAAUGGAUGAUUUAUAAUGAAUUUGUUUUGACUUCUAAAAACUAUAUAAGAACAGUAACGGUUGUCAAACCUGAUUGGUUAGUUGAAUUGGCUCCUAAAUAUUAUAACCUUGAUCAUUUUGCUAAAGGUGAUGUUAGAUUAAGUUUGGAAAGAGUUAUAGAUAGAGUAGAUACCAUGAACAAGUUGGAAGGUAAAAAAUUGAAAAAGUCAAAGAAAUAA